AAAUAAUUAAGCAAAAAGCAAAAAACCAUGUCCAUGUGGGUCUUCUCUUCAUCUCUUGUACAACCUGGUUUGCAUUCAAACCACUCCUCCAUGUGGAAAGCAAAACCAAAUCCACUUUUUUCUGAUUAAAAUUCUCCCAAUUUUGCAGAAUAAACAUCUCCCACUGACUAAAUUCUGCCGGAAAAACCAACUUUCCGGCGUCUUUCUUCAUGCAUUCAUGUGUUUUAGUGAACACAAUUUCAAGAAAGUAGAGUGAAUCACUGAAUCUUGAGUUUGAUUAAAUCUUGAUUAUGUCUUCUCCGCCAUCCCCGGCGCCUGCAGCACCGCCGGUUAACACCACUUCACCGCCACCAGCAGCAGCACCCCCACUUCCAACUCCAACCACCCCCGUUUCUCCCUCUCCGGCAGCUCCUUCACCGCCGGCCCCUGUAACGCCUGCGUCUUCUCCACCGGCGCCUGACGCUACGCCUCCCUCAGUAUCCCCCCCGGCGCCACCUACACUCACCUCCCCACCGCCUUCAACCACUUCUCCUUCCCCACCCACUUCAAGAAACAGCCCGCCGUCUCCUUCGGGUAGAUCUACGCCAUCUCCGCCGCCUCCAAGAAGUUCUUCCUCCCCUCCGCCGGGACCCUCUUCGUCGUCAGAUAGUUCAUCAGGGAUUUCCACCGGCGUCGUCGUCGGAAUCGCUGUUGGUGGCGUUUUAAUACUUGCUGUAUUAACUAUCUUGUUUCUUUGCUGUAAAAAGAAGCGAAAAAGAAGUCAGGCUCCUGUUGGUUAUUACGUUCCACCACUACCCCCACCUAAAGUUGAUUCAUACGGUGGUCCACAACAAUGGCAACAAAGCGCUCCGCCACCCGGCGACCAUCUUCUCACAAUGCCACCACUAAAACCCACUCCUCCACCAGCACCGUCAGCAGCACCUAUCAAUUCUCCUCCCUCGCAACCUCCACCGCCGGCCCUAUUUAACAGCGGUGGUUCCGGUUCCAACUAUUCCGGCGGUUCAAACCCACUUCCACCGCCUUCCCCGGGCAUGUCACUGGGUUUCUCAAAGAGCACAUUCACAUACGAAGAAUUAGCGAGAGCCACAGAUGGGUUUUCCGAAGCCAAUUUUCUUGGACAAGGUGGUUUCGGGUAUGUCCACCGUGGUGUUCUUCCGAACGGGAAAGAGGUGGCGGUGAAGCAACUAAAAACGGGCAGCGGGCAGGGGGAACGUGAGUUUCAGGCGGAAGUUGAGAUCAUUAGUCGAGUUCAUCAUAAACAUCUCGUUUCUUUAGUUGGAUAUUGCAUAUCAGGAGCUCAAAGAUUGGUUGUUUAUGAGUUUGUUCCAAAUAACACCAUGGAAUUCCACUUACAUGGAAAGAAUCGCCCCGUAAUGGAGUUUCCCACAAGGCUGCGAAUUGCUCUUGGAGCCGCGAAAGGACUCGCGUAUCUCCAUGAGGAUUGUCAUCCGAAGAUCAUUCAUCGAGAUAUAAAAGCUGCUAAUAUACUUCUUGAUUUCAAUUUUGAAGCAAAGGUAGCGGAUUUUGGGCUUGCGAAGAUAACUUCCGACGUUGCCACUCAUGUCUCAACCCGUGUGAUGGGAAGUUUUGGGUACCUAGCACCAGAAUAUGCAGCCUCAGGCAAACUUUCAGAUAAAUCUGAUGUUUUCUCAUUUGGUGUGAUGCUUUUGGAAUUAAUCACUGGAAAGAGACCUGUUGAUUCAGCUCAAACUUUUAUGGAUGAUAGUUUGGUUGAUUGGGCAAGGCCAUUACUCACUCGAGCCAUGGAUGAUGGAAACUUUGACACAAUAGCCGAUCCACGGCUACAAAAAGACUACAACCAUAGCGAGAUGGCUCGCAUGGUUUCUUGUGCUGCGGCCUGCGUCCGUCACUCAGCUAGACGCAGGCCGCGCAUGAGCCAGGUGGUCCGGGCCCUGGAAGGAGACGUCUCACUCUCCGACCUGACUGAGGGGACCCAACCUGGCUCAGUUGGAUCGCUCUACGGGUCCCGCGGAAGCUCGGACUAUGACACGGCUCAGUACAAUGAAGAUAUGGUGAAGUUUAGAAAGAUGGCUUUGGGUGGUACUCAAGAGUAUGCAAGUAGUGAAUAUAGCCGACCCACAAGUGAAUACGGGUUGUACCCGUCAGGGUCAAGUAGUGAAGGUCAAAAUACCCGAGAAAUGGAAAUGGGUAAGUAUAAAAGAGAGGGUUUUAGUGAUGGGUUUUGA